GUAAUUGGAACCAACCCUAAGCUCUUUUUAUCUCCAUCCUAAAGGUAGCACCGAUUAUUGCUGACUUAAGCAUCGGAGUGUCUACCCCGAGAUCCAUGUCGGGGCUUUGCAGGUUCAUCCGAAGCGAAGACGUGGACUGAAGAAGGACUUCUGGUUUGGUGCAAUUACAUUGGCGCCGUCUGUGGGAAUCCGAACUAAAAGCUUUCUUGUUGCUCUUUCAUCAUGGUUAAUAUUCGAUCAGUCCGAGCUGGAAAUCCAUCUCUGCCUUUUGGACAACCUCAACUCCCAACUCAGCUUCCACCUCGACUCCCACCUCAGAUCCCAAAUAUAUUCCUUCAUGUUGAUCAUGCAGAAGGAGGAGAUGAAAACCAACCUCAUACCUCAGCUCAUAACUCAACUUCCACCGCUAAUCAGGAUGUAGUUGCAGCUCAGCUUGCUGCUAUGCAACAACAAUUUGGUGUGUUUCAGCUGGUAUUGGCUCAGCUAUUAGCCCGGAACAACCCUGGUGAUCCCCUCAUUAAUUUACUCAACCCUGCUCAACAACCCCCAGCUCCACAACAAAACCCUCAACCAGUUCAGCAUGCCCCUACUCUUAGUGAAUCUCAAGGUCAAUCUCACAUAGCACCAGCUCAACAACCCCUCCCUGAUGAUGUCACUCGACGUCUGGACAGUUUAGAAAAGUUGGUAGCUGAACAGAGAGGUGCCCCACCUCUACACCAUACUACUGAUUCAGUGCCCCAUCCUCUGAACACCAACAUCACACUAGAACCCUACCCCACUGGCUUCAGAAUUCCACAACUUGAGACUUAUGAUAGGACGAAGGAUCCCGAUGACCACCUACAUGCUUUCUACUCUUAUGGAGAAUCUCUGAAGAAUUUUAUGACCAAAUUCAAUGAUGCGGUACUGGAGGUGAGCUCUUUCGACCAAGCUAUGGGAAUUGCAGCUGUAAUAUCAUGUCUUAAACAUGACAGAUUCAGAGAUAGUUUGAUCAAACAUCCUGCCAAUACCUUUAGCGAGGUGAAUGAUAGGAAACGGAUAAGAGUAGCACAGAACCGAGGUCCGAUGCCGACCUCUGCACCGAGAUUCGGAAGGCCGAACUCAGCACCCCCGCAACAAUCUGCAGGUAAACCUCCGAUUAAUUGGACUCCCUUUAACUUGCCAAGGUCACAGAUUUUCAUGCAAAUCAAGAAUAAGAUGGAUUUAAGGCGUCCUGACCCGAUGAGAAUUGCUGCUGCUAUCCGAGACCAUUCUCGAUAUUGUGAUUUUCAUCAAUAUCAUGGUUAUACAACAGAACAGUGCAACAGUUUGAGGUCCGAGCUGGAAAGCCUUGCUCAGAAGGGAAUGCUGAAUGAGUACAUUCACAGAGCUCCGCAGCCGAGAUUUGUCAGAGAACAGGGGACACAGCCCCAAGGAAACCGCAAUCCACCAAAUAGGCAAGGAGUAGGGCAUCAACAAGCCCCACCUCCACUUCCACCACCAGCUAGAAUUAUACACAUGAUUACGGGAGGCCUGGAAGCAGGUGGACUGAGCUUUAAACAGAGAAAGCUGUAUGUUAGAGAGGUGAAACAUCAAAACCGAGCUCAGAAACGGAAGUUUGACGAUGCUGAGUGGAAAAAUCAACCUAUUACAUUCACAUCUGCUGAUUUUGACACAGUUGUCACACCUCACAAUGAUCCUCUAGUCACUUCUGUCAUGAUUAACAAUUGUAAGGUACAACGUGUCCUUGUUGACACAGGGAGUGCACCAGACAUUAUGUACUUCCAUUGCUUUGAAAGUCUAAGGUUGGAUCCAACUUUAUUGCAACGGUAUGAUGGUCCCAUUUAUGGAUUCAACAACCAAUCAAUUCCAGUUGAAGGGGUCCUAACACUGAAUGUUACAUUUGGGAGUGGCCGGAAUUAUGUGACUCCUUCAGUUCGGUUUCUGGUGGUUAAGAUGCCUUCUUCCUUCAACGUUGUUAUUGGUCGACCUACAUUAACUGAAAUCCGAGCUGUGGUCUCCCAAUCUCAACUAUGCAUGAAGUUCCCAACUCCCAUGGGAAUAGCAACAUUGCGAGGCAAUCAAGAGAUUCUGGAUAAUCAGCAAGUUAUGGGUGUUGAAAUAGUAGAUAAUCGACCGGACAAUGAAACUAGGGCUGCUCCAGUCGAAGAUGUUGAGGAAGUGCCCAUUGACGACAGAGAUCCAAAUCGGAAGACGCAAAUUGCAACUCGGCUGAGCACAGAGGAAAGAGCAGAGCUAAUAGCUUUUCUCCGUGCUAACAAUGAUGUCUUCGCUUGGACUUCAGCAGAUAUGCCAGGAAUCCCACCCUCAGCCAUAAAGGAAGAAGUAGAGAAACUUUUGCAAGCUGGUUUUGUCAGAAAAGUCGACUAUUGUGAAUGGGUGGCUAACCCAGUGCUGGUGACAAAAGCAAAUGGUAAAUGGCAAAUGUGCAUUGACUACACAAACCUUAACCAAGCCUGCCCCAAGGAUUGCUACCCAAUGCCGAGCAUUGAUAAACUGGUUGAAGCAGCUUCUGGAAACGAGAGACUAAGUCUCUUGGAUGCAUAUUCUGAAUACCAUCAGGUUCCAAUGGCUCUUGAGGAUGAAGAGAAAACCUCGUUCUACGCCGGCGAUGAAAUCUAUUGCUAUGUGAUGAUGCCCUUCGGCUUGAAGAAUGCAGGUGCUACUUACCAGAAGAUGGUUACCAUCGUAUUUCGAGCUCAAAUAGGCCAGAAUCUGGAAGUCUAUGUUGAUGAUAUAGUGGUAAAGAGCUUGAAAGCUGAAGAUCACCUAGCUGACCUCGAGGAGACAUUCAACAAUCUCAAGAAGAACAGGAUGAGGUUGAAUCCAGCAAAGUGCAUCUUUGGCAUCGAGUCUGGAAAAUUUCUAGGCUUCAUGAUUUCCUGGAGAGGGAUUGAGGUCAAUCUAGAAAAGAUCAGAGCAAUUACUGAGAUGGAACCGCCAAAGUCAGUGAAAGAUAUACAGAGGUUGACUAGAAGAGUGGCAGCUCUUCAUAGAUUCAUCUCGAAGUUGGCUGAUAAAUGCUUACCCUUCUUCAAGAUCAUGAGAUCAACAGCUCAGAAGGAUGAAUCUGGUAAAAAGAAGAAGUUUGAAUGGAAUCAAGAAUGCCAAGCUGCGUUCGAAGAGCUGAAGUCUUAUCUUAGCUCACCACCUCUACUGACCAAGGCUAUAGAUGGAGAGAUCCUCUAUCUGUAUCUGGGAAUUUUAGACGAAGCCAUUAGUUCGGUCCUAGUGAGAGAAGAAGCGAAACAACAGAAACCAAUCUAUUACAUCAGCAGUGUGCUACAUGGUGCAGAGUUGAGAUAUCCUAUUGCUGAGAAAGCAGCUUUAGCAGUCAUUCUACAGAAGCCAGAAUGUUUCGGGAGAUUAAUUAAAUGGGCAGUAGAACUGGGAGAAUUCGAGAUAACUUUUCAGCAUAGAUCAGCUAUCCGAGCUCAAGCACUGGCGGAUUUUAUUGUAGAAUGCACUCCAUGCCAUUCAACCCUUAAUCCAAAGCCCAACGACUGGACCUUAUAUGUUGAUGGGGCAUCUAGUAGCAAAGGUUCAAGAGCUGGUGCUCUUUUGAUUGGCCCAGAUGGAUACCGAAGUGAGCAUGCUCUGAAGUUUAACUUCGAUACAACAAAUAACAUGGCUGAGUAUGAAGCUCUGAUACUUGGUCUACAGUUAGCACUAGAAUUGAAAGUCAAAGUGAUCCAAGUGUACAGUGACUCCCAGCUGGUGGUUAAUCAAAUCAACCCAAUCUGUGAAGUUGUAGAUCCUGUGAUGAUGAAAUAUGCACCCUUAGUGGCAGACUUGAAGUGCAAGUUCCAGAAAUUCUGUUUGAGCAAAAUUCCCCGAACUGAGAAUGAACAGGCAGAUUCACUCUCUAAGUUUGCCUCUGACAGCUCUUUAAGUUCCAGAUCAGUUUUUGUGGAGGUUUUAGAUGAACCAAGCUUCAUGAAGCCACGGAUGAUGGAGAUCAGCACAGACCCAGACACACCGAGCUGGACUGACUCGAUUAUAUCCUUUUUACAAGACGGGAUAUUACCUGAAGACAAGAAAGAGGCAAUGAGGUUGAGGAAGAAAGCAUCUCGGUAUACACUUGUUGAGGGGGUCCUUUAUAAGAGAUCUUUCUCACUCCCUCUUUUACGAUGCCUGAACCCUUAUGAAGCAGAAUACGCACUUCGGGAGGUACAUGAAGGUAUCUACGGGAGGUACAUGAAGGUAUCUACGGGAGCCAUGUCGGUGCUAGAACCUUGGCUCACAAAGUCUUAUGACAUGGCGAAAGAGCUCACGAACUUAGUAGCACCAUGGCCGUUUGCUCAAUGGGGAUUAGAUCUCUUGGGCCCAUUUGUGAAAGGGGUUGGCGGUGUGACCCAUUUGAUUGUUGGAGUUGAUUAUUUUACAAAAUGGGUUCAAGCUCGGCUAUUAUCCAAUCUUACCUCUAAGAAGAUCGAAGACUUUGUUUUCAGCUCGAUCAUCUGUAGAUAUGGGAUCCCAAAUCAGAUUGUGGCUGACAAUGGAACUCAGUUCAACUGCUCCUCAUUCCGAGAUUUUUGUUCCAGUUAUGGGAUCAAGUUGCAGUUCACCUCGGUUUACCAUCCGGAGUCCAAUGGUAUGGUGGAAUCUGUUAAUAAAUGCAUUCUAGAAGGAAUAAAGCCGAGGCUGGACCAGCACAAGGCCAAGUGGGCAGAUGAACUCAACAACGUCCUUUAGGCAUACAGAACAACGAGCAGAACUGCCACAGCUACUAUUUUCAAACCAAAUUCCUUUCGUUUUAUUCUUAUUCUACAUUACUUUCUCACUUGCGAGUAUACCUUAGAUCAAAUAUGCAUAAUAUGUAAAGCAUAUUCUAAAGAAUAUAAUUUCAUGAAAUAG